AAAGACUCCAAGGUGGGUGUCGAGCAUGUGAAAACGAUGUUCACAGCUUUGUGGGUCAAAUUAGGGAAACAUAACCAAGACUCCGCUGCGUGCAGUACAUUUGUGCAGAAAUGGCUGCAGUUGAAGAAGUCACCACUAUCACAGCAAGACCACCAAUAACCUCUGACUGGACAUAUAAUUAUGAUGAAGAAAAUUAUGAUGAUGACUACCCAGAUGAAAUGUGUAAUGCAAGCACCCUGGCACAUUUUAGCAAGGUCUCCAGUCCUCUUUUCUUCUCCUUAGUGGCAGUCUUUGGUCUGCUGGGUAACGGCUUGGUGGUGGCAAUUGUACUCAAGUACGAGAAUGUCAAAACCCUCACCAACGCCCUCAUCGUCAACCUGGCUGUGUCUGACUUCCUAUUUGCCACGGCGCUGCCAUUUUGGGCCUACUACCACGCCUGGGGCUGGGCUCUAGGAGAAACAGCAUGCAAGUUGGUGAGCUACGUAUUCAACGUGGGAUUUUCCAGCAGCAGCCUGCUCCUCAUCGCCAUGACGGCCCAGCGCCACGCUGCUGUUAUCAACCCCCUGUCCAGCCUUGUGUCAGCAGCAGGUAUCUGGAGCCUGCUGCCGUGCAUGCUCAUCUGGGUCACCAGCAUCCUGGUGGCUGUCCCAGCCUUUGUCCUCACCACCAUCGUGGAGCAUAGUGGUGAGAGUUACUGCGAAUAUACAGAAUCCGCCAGCAGCUUGUGGGGAAUCUACCAGCAGAACUUUCUUUUUUGCCUCAUCUCAGGCGUGUUUCUCUGCUGUUACUGUCAGAUCAUUUGCAGACUACUUCGUACUCCAGCGAGAAGACGCAAAAACAAAACCUUAAAGUUGAUUUUCACUCUCAUGCUUCUUUUCUUUGUGGGCUGGGCUCCCUAUAAUGUCACAAUCUUUGUUAAAUCUUUCCGUUUUUGGCCCCAGAGGCCUGUGGAUUCUGAAACUCUGGCGAGGCACUGCACUAGCCACAAGCUUCUGGACUUCAGCUUUUACAUCAGCAGACUGUUGGCCUUCUCGCACUGCUGCCUUAACCCCAUCUUCUACGUGCUAGUGGGCUCCAAGUUUAAACGCCACUUGAGGAAGAUGAUGGGGUGUUGGCGUCAGGGCGAUGGUGGCGGCGCAGGCAACGCAAGCGGGCAUCGUAACCGUCUGGUGAUCACAUCUCUGUCAAGCGGGGAUGAACUCUGUGUGUAGCUCAGCAACCUCUUCUAUAUGAUGUAAAAUAGCUAUCUGAAACCUCUUUUAAACCCAUUUGUAAACUGCUUGUAAACUGUUCGAUUUUAUCAACAACAAAAAAUGUCAGUGUUGUAAAUUGAGGGGGGAAGUCACUUUGGCAAUUUUCUAAUUUAAUUCUGUUGGAAAAUAUCAAUGUUUUAAUUGUAUUUUCUUUUCCCAAAACAUAUUUUAAUGGCUUGAUGUAAUUAUGGAAUAUGCAAAUCUGUAUUGGUCAAGAACCCUUUAACCCCGGUGGAGAAAAAAGUCUGACGCCUUCUCUGGAGGGUGAGACCAGCAACUUCAGACAUGAAAAAUAUACUACCUAUUAUUAGCCAGCAGAGAGCGCUGUUCUAUCAAUUUUAACUGUGUGGCCCUUGAAACAAACGCCUAUGUACAUAUGUUUAUUGGAAAGUAUAUAUCUGCCAAAAAGAUUACUGAUUGUAUAUCUUAAAAGGCAGGUUACAUAUUAUCCAUGAAUUAAGUCAUUCUAUUUGGUUAGGAGAAGCUGUUAAAAUUAUUUCUAAUAAAUAAAAUCAAUGAUAAAAUAGAAUCAAUUAAACACUGGCAAUUUUAA